GCAGACAGGCUGACGCAACUGCAUGUGGAAAAUUAUUCUUGUAAUUCAGAGAAAUUCUUGGUAAUAUUUUGAUAUAAAGGCGUUUAUUUCGUUAUUAUUAGGUAUAAAAAUGGCAGAGGAUGAAGCGAUGUUCGAUCCUACCAUGAAAAAGAAGAAGAAAAAGAAGAAGGUUCCCCUAGAUCUUGAUGCCCUUGAAGAGCCAAAUGCUCCAUCCAAUGUGGAUGAGAAAAACGACAAUCCUCCCGAAAACGAGAAUCAGGACAAUGUAGCGACAGAAGAAAAAGAAGACAAAGAAGAUACAGACAUCUUGGACCUUGAUGACUUUUCUGGAAUGAAGAAAAAGAAAAAGAAGAAAAAGAAACCGUACGAUAUGGAGAGUCUUGAAGAUGCACUCCCAGAUGCUUCCACUGACAACAAAACUGAAGAAAGUGGAGGACAAGAGGGUGAAAAGGAGUCUACAGCUGAAGCUGUGGAUGCCUUAGACUUUAGUUUUUCCACAAAAAAGAAGAAGAAAAAGAAGAAGGUUCUGGUUGACGAGCCAGAUCUGGCUGACAGUGGAGACACUAAGGUUUUGGAAAAUGGUGCAGAUUCUGAUAUGGAUGAUGGUAUGGACAGAAUAGUGUAUAUUAGAAAUAUUUGUUAUUGUAUUUCCUUAGGCUUUGUUAACAGGUACAGAGUGUAACAUACAUGUACUGAGUUAAGCCUAGUGACCCAUUGUAUUGGUUUUCAACCUCGUUCCCAGGGUCUCUCAUCUUACCGCCCCCUGGAGCGAGUGAAGAGAAACGUGUCUCCCAGAAUCUGGGAGAUGACAGUUAAAUGAUUGAAGGGAUGGGUGGCCUAGUAGGAAUUUUGUCUAUAUACUUAGCCUACGGGAGUGCGGGAUGUGUUGUCACCAAAGUAAACCAAGAACGAUAUGAUGUUCUGCGGCAAUGUCCGGCGGUUAUAUUCUGCAAAUACUGAGGAAAACUUGUCCAUCAUCUGAUAGUGGAAAUCCAAGUCGCUGAAGGUUGUAUGGUUCAGUGAAGGACGUUACAUAUUGUAAAAAUCUCCUCAAGAAGGCGAAUGGAGAAUUGCACACUGCAGCCGAGGCUGUGUAUCGAAGAUCUUUGACUCAUCUUUACCUCAGAAUGAAGUGUAGGUCUUGUGAACGGCGAUUAAAUAAUUUUAGAGAAUUCAGGGCCUGUUAAUUGAUCACUUUGAAAGGAGUGAAAGGGUGAAAAGAUUUUUUGAAGUUUCACCGCGCGGCCGGCACCCCAAACUUUGCAGAGCGUGAAGAAUAAUACAACAAACUCGUCGCGUCUGCAUUUUGCCUUCAUUGCUGAUAAACUGGAUUUAUCUUCAACCGAAAGGAGGCUAGAAAAAGAAAAAAUAAUUUUUAUUGUGUCGUUAAUAAAUUAGUGUACGUGACUCCAACGGUUCGUGACAAUUGUGCACAUUCUCAUUUAAUUUUUGAUCUCUCGACCUCUCUUUGCUUCACAUGUGUUUCUGAGGGGCACAUUUUAUGCCGUGUUAUAAGAAGAAAUGGAAAUGAUUAGUAGAGCGGAGUCAUUUGAUUGUGUUACAGCAUUUUUAGAGGUCGUAUGUCUGCAUGGUUUCUGCUGUUAAGUGCACGUCGCUUCUCAGAGUUUGACACCUCUGUAAUUUGCCAUGCCAUGCUUAUACUUUGUUUAGGUUUGUUUCUAUUGCAGCAUAUGUUUUAAGGCUCUAAGUAUUGGCUCUCCAGGGACAAAGAUUAAAAUAGUCUGGCAACAUAUUGCUUACUUGCAUUCAAUAUUGUGGUGCCACAGGUGACUUCGGGCCCGCCUAUUUGAUUAGAACUGUUUGCAAAGUGUGUUGCACGAAUAUCAUAUUUAUCUUUGUCCAGCUUUUCUUCAGAGACUGCUGUAGCUUUACUUUGAGAAAGCUAUACGUUUUCCUAGAGACAUUCUUAUGUUUUUUGCAUCAAUUUGAUCAUGUGCAUUCAAAGGAAAAACAACAAUUACUAUGGGAUGUAAUUGCACUGCUCGAUGCCCACAGUUGAAAUAUGAGUGACUUUCCAUAAAUCUAGUGGGUGAGAUGGCAACACUGAAAAUCACGAGCACUAAAUUGCCUUGAGAUAGACUUGCUUAACCUUUAGGUAAAUGUUGGAAUAGAUAUUACUCAAAAUUUCAGCUUGAAAGCUAAAUAUUGAUAAAUGCCGCGGAUAAUGGCAGUCGCAGCACGAUACUUUGAAUUCGACAAAGCUCAAUGCGACAAAUUGCUGAUUACAAAGGACCCUUCCCUGAUUUUCUCAAUUGUCAAAGUGGCACGUGACCAGACCCAACCAGGGUCUCGCGUCGCUCACUCCAGAGACCCUGAGAACGAGGUUGACUGGUUUUCAGCUGUAGUUUCUGUCUCAGGAGGUGACUAGGAAUUUUGUUCUCCUCCCUGGAUGGGAUGCUAGUCCUACCUAGGGUUUCUCCCUAGCAGUUAAUCAGUUGGUUCCCAUUUUUACUUCUGGUGUGAGAGAACAUGACACAAUUAUCUACCCAGGGUUCAAACUUGUAAGCUCCUCAACCUGGAGUCUAGCACACUAAACAUUAGGCAACUGUACAUUCCAAACUAAGGAUGGUAUAAAAACAAACAGACUGAUUUUGAAUGAUUUUAUUUCUAUGGUUCAUUGAUUCAGUUUACAACACAUAAUGAGGUUUGAGCUUUUCAAUCCAUAAUGAUGGGGCUUGUAUAUAUAUAUAUUGGCAAGGUGCUCAGAAGGCAGCAUCCUUGCAGUGCUGUACAGGAUUGUCAAGAGUUGCCAGCUACAAGGGUGGCAAAGGGUUAUUGUGUUACAAGAGAAAAGGACAAAAAUUAGUGUUUGACAUGUGAAAAUCAAGUUAAAAAAGUGCAUGAUUUAUGAAUUUAUAAGAAAACCAUCGUUUAAAGCAGCUAAAAGUUUGUGAGACCUGAGUUUGUUGAAAUUUAUAUGCAAAACAGGAUCACACUCCACACCCCACCCCUCACCCCCUUAUUGGCUACCCUUGACUACCAGUAAUAAUUACCUUCUACUUUACAAUUUCAACUGGCUACUUUGUUGAGCUGGUUGUGUGAUUCUUUAGAAGAAGUUAAAAAAUUAGCUGCCUACUCAGGGUUGUAGCUAAGAAAAUAGUCCUGCCUAAGAUUUCCAUUGGGCUGGUCACCAUUUUUCAUGAGAGACUGGGAACAAAAUUUUCAUCCCCAAUCUUUUGCAACACCUUGAAUGUGGGGCUACAUGUACCAAGCUUCGAGUUUACAAGCUGGUGGAUGCAGUACACAGAAAGAGAACAUGAUAAACUAGUGCUCAAAACAAGAUUUUAUUUCAAUUACUUUACUCGUUAUAGUGGCACCGAUACUCAAGGUAGUCAGGAAUUUAUUCCAAACUUUUCAUUUUGACAGUUUGAUAUGGUUUAAGUAUGGAAUGAUUGUACGUGCGUAACCUAAAUGCCGUUCAUUAUCCUUUAGCAAGUUACCGCCUGCCAAAAUCCAGCCAGCAGUCACCUCUUUCUCAGCCAGCGAAUUUUGCUGGUAGCUGCCGCUUAGUGACAAUCUGUCUGCUCCGAAUGUAAAUCUGCAUACUUCUAACCUUUGUGGAAACCUUGACUGUAUAUCAAUUUUCUAACUUUGUUUAGGAGA